AACUGCAAACUGUGCUCAGCGCCAAAAACCCUAGCUAAUCGCUUGCUGGCUUUUCCGCUUUCCUUCUCCUUUCUGCCCCUCUCUGCUUCAUUCGAGAUCGAAAAAUGGCGACGAGCGAGCAGACAGUACUCCAGUUCGCGCCGACGGCGACUUCGGUUACUUUGUCGGCGAAGGUUCACCCGCUGGUCGUCUUCAAUAUAUGUGAUUGCUACGUGAGGCGGCCGGACCAAGCCGAGCGGGUCAUUGGCACGUUGCUGGGGUCCGUAUUGCCCGACGGCACUGUUGAUAUCCGUAACUCUUACGCCGUUCCUCACAAUGAGUCGUCCGAUCAGGUUGCAUUGGAUAUUGAUUACCAUCAUAACAUGCUGUUAUCCCAUCAAAAAGUUAAUCCAAAGGAAGUCAUUGUUGGCUGGUAUUCAACCGGUCUGGGAGUCAGUGGUGGGAGCGCACUCAUCCAUGAGUUCUACGCUAGAGAAGUUCCCAACCCUGUUCAUCUAACUGUUGACACUGGAUUCAGAAUGGGGGAGCCUGCAAUUAAAGCUUAUGUUUCAUUCAAUUUGUCCCUUGGAGACCUUCAGCUAGCUGCACAAUUUCAAGAAAUCCCGCUCGACCUUCGCAUGAUUGAAGCAGAACGGAUUGGAUUUGACAUCCUGAAGACAACAAUGGUGGACAAGCUACCGAGUGAUUUGGAGGGAAUGGAAGCCUCAAUGCAGCGGCUACUUGCACUGAUCGAUGAUGUCUACAAAUAUGUUGACAGUGUGGUGCAAGGCGAGACUGCUCCAGAUAACAUCGUAGGAAGAUUUAUAUCUGAAGUUGUUGCCUCACUUCCCAAACUGUCUCCUGCUGUAUUGGAUAAGUUAGUCAAUGACAACAUGCAGGACCAUUUGCUCUUGCUGUAUUUGUCGAGCAUAACAAGGACACAGCUCAGUAUAGCGGAGAAACUGAACACAGCUGCCCAGAUUAUCUGAAGUGCUAUUCUUAGGGUUUUUGAUUACUUUGGUUUCUGUGGACGACAGCAUUGUCAGAGUUGCGAAUCCAAAUAUAUGAAGCCGUAGCAAUUUUGAUUGCUGUUAUUAUCUCUCGUCGUUUUAAGUUUUAUCUCAAUGAUCUUGGUUCAACAGCUCUAUUCUUGCCUGAAAUAGAUUUAUGUAAACUGUAUCACGGUAUGGUGGAAGCGUAGAUCGUUGCAUUGGUGUCGAGAUUGUUGGUGUGUAUUCGUCCCUGGCUGGUCUUGAUUUCUGGGUUCCUCGAGUCCUAAUUUUCACUUCUUUGAACAGCCCGAGAGUCCUAAACUUGGUAAUAGUUCAUAUAUUCAUCGUUCUUCUAACAAAAGAUGAUAUAGGUU